AUAUAUCUCGGAUAUCGUGCUCGACACACGACAAAGAGCGAGCUAUUGAACACUUUUUAUUCGUCGCAAUUAAUCACCUUGAUCGUUUGGCUUGAUCCUUUCGCGAUCGUUUCGUUCGUUCGUUUUAUUUUUAUUACCUACGCAAUAAUUGGUAAAAAAUAAUAAUUACGCAAAAAUUAUGAACAAAAUUCACGUGGAAGUCGAUGCCCAAUUCGGUCGGAUUAUCGUUCUCUCGGACGAUGUCAAAAAGGGUGAAGUUGUUGUCGACGAACUUCCAUUUGCUGUCGGUCCGAAACAGCAUAGUGGAAUAGUUUGCCUCGGAUGCUACAUGUAUUUGCAAUUUGACGAAGAUGGUGAUUCGAUUGAUCGAUGCGAGAAAUGCGAUUGGCCAUUAUGUGGUAUGUGUAUAGAAUCGGUGGAUCAUAAUUUGGAGUGUGAGGUUUUCCAGAAGGCAAAUGUAAAAUUUGCUGGCAAUGUGAGUGCAGAUGGCGUAUGCACUCAAUUGGAUUGCAUAACUCCUUUAAGAGUCCUAAUUAACAAGGAGCUCGAUCCAGAACGAUGGGAAAGAGAAGUAGCUCCAAUGGAAUAUCAUGAUCAGUCACGCCGUCAAAUGAAAGAUAUCUGGAAUGCCGAUCUUGUCAAUGUGGCUCAAUAUUUACGAGGACCAUGUAAAUUGGAGCGAUUCUCUGAGGAAUUAAUAAUGAGAGUUGUUGGUAUACUAGAAGUCAAUGCUUUUGAAGGUCGGACAACUCACGGUCAUACAAUCAGAUGUUUGUACCCUACGACUGGAAUACUAGCCCAUAACUGUGUACCAAAUACAGCUCGAAGUAUUUAUCCAAGUGAUCGAUUCCGAAUUCGUUUAAGAGCCAUGAAAGAUCUCAGAGCUGGUCAACAGCUUCACCAUUCAUACACCUUUACUCUCAACGGAACAGCAGCUCGACAAGAACAUAUUAGAAAUGGAAAGUUUUUCACUUGUCGAUGUGAAAGAUGCACUGAUCCUACGGAGCUUGGAACAUAUUUCAGCUCAUUCAAGUGCAUUACAUGCGAACUUGGUUUUCUUUCAACGAUUGAUCCAUUUGAUUCCACGGCUGAUUGGCGAUGCAACCACUGCAAGUUCACGACACCUGCUGAGGGCAUUCACACGAGCGUAUCCACCAUGCAAGCUGAAGUAGCCGAUGUCCAAGCAAUGGAUAUGAGUCCAGAACGUCUUCAAGAAUGCGAAGCUCUGCUCCGCAAAUAUCGCUUGAUCUUACAUCCAGCUCACUUCAUUCAAACAAGCCUUAGGCAAAGCCUUAUUGAAAUGUAUGGCCGGGUUCAUGGUUAUGAAAUGGUUGAGCUACCAGAUAUCUUGCUUGAACGGAAAGAGGAACUAUGUCGUCAAGUUUUAGGAGUUUUAAAUAUUUUUGAGCCUGGACUAAGUAGAGCACGAGCUAUGCUAUUAUACGAAUUGCAUGUGCCAUUGGUGCUUCUAGCCAAGAGUGGCUUUAUUGCGAAAGUCUUAAGUAUAACCAAUCUAAAGGAGAGAAUCCAAGAAGCUGUGAAUAUUCUUGAAGAAUGUGUAAGUAUACUAAAGUACGAAGACACUGCAUCGCAAGAAGGAAUGUUGGGAAGGGUAGCCAAUAAAGCAUUGGAAUCACUUAGGUUAAGUAUUGAAGGAAUGUAAAUUUAAAGUAUUAUAAUAUGCAAUAACAAGAACGGAUAAAAAAUAAAGAUUAAUUUGCAGAAUUAUCGGAAGAAGUUAA